UCUUCGUAAACUAACCGGCAAGUUUAGCGGCUGCAACGGCGGUCUUCUCACCGUCCACCCGUCUCCUUCCUCUCCCCUUCGUCGCUUCCUUCUCGCUGCCGCUUACAUAUGUUAGAAAAGGGGAGUAAGCCUUCAUCAUCGUCGCUACCAUCAGUCGUCCUCUCCUCUCCCACGUCUUUCCUUCUCCAUCCUGCUACAGACUUUUGCUUGUGGUCGACACCUUCGUUUGAUGGAAUACGCUUUCUUCAUCGCGUCCGACCGUCGCGCCUCGGUACCUCAGAAGCGAUGGCGCAUCGCGUUCACCAUGAUCUACUCCUGCCGCGCCAUGUGCUCCCUCUCCAAGAAGCGCAUCACUGGCGCCCUCCGUACUCCAUCCUACGUCUCCCUCGAGAUCGUGGACGACGAUGACGAUGAAUGUAGGGCCCCUGCUCCACCCUUCUCCAUCGUCGACGCCGACGUCCUCAAGUCCCUCGUGAGGGAGCGCAGGCUUGACGAAGUGCAACGCCUCGGCGGAGCCGACGGCAUCGCUGCGGGCCUGGCUUCCGACGCGGAGGCCGGCAUAUCCGGCGGCGGUGGCGAGCUGGACGCGCGGAGGGAGGCCUUCGGCGCUAACACGUACCCCAAGACGAAGCCCAAGGGGUUCUUCUGGUUCGUGUACGAGGCGCUCAACGACUUGUUCCUCCUCAUCCUGAUCGGCUGCGCCGCGGUCUCGCUCGCUUUCGGCAUCAAGGAGCACGGCCUCAAGGAAGGAUGGUACGACGGCGCCAGCAUCUUCCUCGCCAUCUUCCUCGUCUCCGUCGUCUCCGCCGUCAGCAACUUCCGCCAGAUGAAGCGGUUCGACAAGCUGUCCGCCCAGUGCAACGACAUCAGCGUCAGCGUCGUCCGCGACGGCCACCGGCAAGACAUCUCCAUCUUCGACGUCGUGGUCGGAGACGUGAUCUUCUUGAAGAUCGGUGACCAGGUCCCGGGCGACGGGCUCUUCCUCCAGGGGCAUUCUCUGCAGAUCGACGAAUCGAGCAUGACAGGCGAGAGCCAUCCGGUCGACGUCGACGCCGUUAAGAACCCGUUCCUUACAUCCGGCGUCAAAGUCAUCGACGGAUACGCCUCCAUGAUCAUCACCGCCGUCGGCACGGACACGGCGUGGGGGGAGAUGAUGAGCACCAUCGCCCGCGAGACGACCGAGCCGACGCCGCUCCAGGAGCGGCUCGAGAGGCUGACGUCGAGCAUCGGCAAAAUUGGCGUUGUCGUGGCUGUCCUGGUCUUCGCCGUGCUAGCGAUCCGCUACUUCACCGGGAGCACCAAGGACGAGAACGGGCAGCCCAGGUUCAACAAGAACAAGGUGGACGCCGGCGACGUCAUCAGCGUCAUCGUGAGUAUUUUCCAAGACGCAGUAACCAUCAUCGUGGUGGCGAUCCCCGAGGGCUUGCCAUUGGCGGUGACCCUGACGCUGGCCUUCUCGAUGAAGAGGAUGAUGAAGGACAACGCCAUGGUCCGGAGGCUGUCGGCUUGCGAGACGAUGGGCUCGGUGACGACCAUCUGCACCGACAAGACCGGCACUCUGACGCUGAAUCAAAUGACUGUCACCAAGUUUUGGAUCGGCAACGAAGAAGUUCCGGUAGACGGCGGCAGCAUCUCCUCAAUCGCGCCAAGAGUGCGCACACUGUUUCACCAGGGAGUCGGGCUGAACACCACAGGCAGUGUUUACAGGCCAACGUCUGUAGCAGUGCCAGAAGUCUCUGGUAGCCCGACGGAGAAGGCUCUUCUAUGGUGGGCAGUUCUGGAUCUCGGAAUGGACGUGGAGGAGAUGAAGAGGAGGUACAGCGUAGUUCACGUCGAGGCCUUCAACUCGGAAAAGAAGCGGAGCGGAGUUCUGGUGGAAGAGAAGGAUAGCAGAGCGAUGAUCACACAAUGGAAAGGAGCUGCUGAGAUGAUCUUGAUUCGAUGCUCGCAUUACCUCGACAGGAACGGGAAUGUGCGGGACGUAGACGUCGAGUCCAGAACGAAGCUCGAGAAGGUCAUCAGAGACAUGGCCGCUCGUAGUCUUCGGUGCAUCGCCUUGGCCUAUAAAAUCACCGAUGCAGAGGAUCUUCAUGUCGAUCAAGAAGAGACGCCAAACCUCGACGACAACGGACUGACUCUGCUGGGCUUCGUUGGCUUGAAGGACCCAUGUCGCCCUGAAGUGGAAUCAGCCAUCGCCGCCUGUAGACGCGCCGGCGUUGCCGUCAAAAUGAUCACAGGAGACAACGUGUUCACAGCAAGAGCCAUUGCCAUCGAGUGCGGCAUACUCAGAGACGAUGACGUCGACGGAUUGGUGGUCGAAGGGCCGGAGUUCAGAAACUACUCAGCAGAGGAGCGAAUGAAGAAGAUCGAUCAGAUUCGAGUCAUGGCGAGGUCUUCUCCCUUCGAUAAGCUGCUAAUGGUGCAGUGCUUGAAGUCAAAGGGCCACGUCGUGGCAGUCACCGGGGAUGGCACAAACGACGCGCCGGCACUGAAGGAAGCCGACGUGGGACUUUCCAUGGGAAUCCAAGGCACCGAGGUGGCGAAGGAGAGCUCCGACGUGGUCAUCCUCAACGACAACUUCGACACCGUCGUGACCGUCAUGAGAUGGGGAAGGUGUGUCUACAAUAACAUACAGAAGUUCCUGCAGUUUCAGCUCACAGUGAACAUCGCCGCACUGGUCAUAAACUUCGUCUCCGCCAUUAGCACCGGCGAGGUUCCAUUGACGACGGUGCAGCUCCUGUGGGUGAACCUGAUCAUGGACACCAUGGGCGCUCUGGCUUUAGCUACCGAUCGGCCCACCAAGGAGCUGAUGAAGAAGCCCCCAGUGGGCCGGACGGAGCCACUAAUCACCAACAUCAUGUGGAGAAACCUCACAGCGCAGGCCAUGUUUCAGGUUGCAGUUCUGCUGGUGCUCCAGUUCAGAGGGCAGUCCAUAUUUGGAGUGAGCGAAGAGGUGAACAACACCUUAAUCUUCAACACCUUCGUUCUCUGCCAAGUCUUCAAUGAGUUCAACGCCAGGAAGCUGGAGAAGAAGAACGUGUUCGAGGGGAUGCGCACCAAUAAGCUCUUCUUGGGGAUUGUGGCAGUCACUGUGUUCUUGCAGGUGAUGAUGGUGGAGUUCUUGAGGGAGUUUGCAGGCACAGUAAGGUUGGACUGGGAACAGUGGGGGAUUUGUGUUGGUAUUGCAGCUGUGUCAUGGCCAAUUGGUUGGCUUGUCAAGUGCAUUCCAGUUUCCAACACCCCUCUUCUCCGGCUCUUAGCUCACCCUAAAUCUGGUAUAUAGGAAUCAAUUAUAGGUCCAUUUAAUUCCUUCAUUCAAUUUUUUUUCUUCUCUGCUGAUUGAUUGGGUGUUAUAACCCAACUUGAUUUAUUUAUUAUUUUAUUGUAAAUUCCUAAUGUGUAUAUGAGUUGACAUUGGUCUUCUUUUUA